AUGUCAAAAUUAGAAGGCUUUAAUGAAGUGAGGUUGCUCUCGGGAGAUUCGUUCAAGUUAGACCGUGCUCACUAUUCUGAGCUUUCUCUCAAAGCACGGUUCAUAAAGUACCCACCGACUUACAAACAUCAUGAUGGGUAUCCGAAGCCCACGAGAUAUUCAAUCGAUAAGUUUACAAAUCUUAGAGAUCAGGAAGCUGCCAUUAUUCAGGAUCUGAUAUAUGUGCUAGCGGGUCUUGAGGGUUAUUAUAUUCGAUACUCAGAAGAAUUCGAUAUCAAUAAGGCGUCAAGUAGGUUAAGCGGUCCCGAUUUCGUAAUAAAUAGGCAUAUUGAUACAAGCUUCAAAGAUAUAACGAAACGGAUCAAUAAACUUGGUAAAAUGUACUUUGCCCUCUGCAGCUUCGUUGAAGUUUAUAGUGACCUAGUCCAUGGUCAUAUUAUGCAAACGCUGUGCUACGAAAUCAUCAACUUUUUGAAACAAUACGAAACAUUACUUCGAGAUAUUGAACGCCAUUUCAAAGAGGACUCAAAGUAUUCAUUGACAGUUCUUGAACAGGAACUUAGUAGAGGAACCACUCUGGACCAGAUUGGCGUGGCCGUCAAAAUACAACGACUAUACGAGAUUGUAGAGUCUAUCAAUCGGGAAAAUGAGAAGCGGAACGGUAACUCAAAUCUGGAAUCACUGCAGUUUGAGACUAUGAUGCGGUCUUUGAAAGAUGAUCACUAUACAGGAACAUUGGACGGUGUCCUCUCUGAUUCAGUUAACAGUCGGUUCGUUAAGGGAGGCAUGAUCUUGAAUAUUAUUCAGAUGCGUAUUGAUGGCUAUAAGGGUAAUAUGAGGGUGCAUAAAUUUUUGAUUGACAUAUUCGACAGGGUAUCAAUGUGCUACAUCGAAAUGUUGAACAAGUGGCUACAGUAUGGAAUUAUUGAUGAUAACUACGAUGAAUUCCUUAUAAGCGAAUCGUCUGUCAGUGAUAACAUGAAGUACGAUGCUAUGCAAUGGGCAGACAAGUUUACAAUAAGACGAGAGGGCCUGCUCAAGCAGUUUCAAAUUAGAGAGAUUCAGAAAAAGAUCAUUCUCACCGGUAAAUAUCUUAACGUGCUGAAAGAAUGCGUGGGUAUUAAAUCGUUAGAGGAUGAUUACCAUAACUGUACCAUUACCAGUCUUCAGGAAUCAGAUUUCCAGAUAAGGAUAGACAAUGCUUACAACCGUGCUAACAUAUACAUUCUGAAAAUGUUCUUUGAAAGAUACCAUUUAGACGGAUGGAUCAAGAGCCUCAACAAGUACUUCUUGUUCACAGAAGGAUCCGAAUAUGAUGAUUUUCUUGGAAAUGCGUACAUUCUGCUUAAAAAGGCCUCCGAUAGAGUAUCUUUAACGUCAUUGACCGGAUAUUAUAGAAAAAGCUAUCUGAAUACUAGCGGGGAUUUACAGCUUGUGCAUAACCUGAUAACUCCUGUUCUGGCCAAAGAAACAUUUCUUAAUGAAUUGACAUCAAUACUAAAAGCCCAGACAACAGAUGCAGAAGAAGUUUUUGCUACCAACAAUAUUGAAUCUCUUAGAAAAUUGCUCAUCAGUACCAUGGAGACGAACCUUCAGACACAUCUAACGUCGCCUCAAACUAGGAUUGAUAACUAUUGCAUUCAAAAAUUUGGUGUCGAUAUAGGAGUUCCAUUUCCGUUGAAUUUGAUGAUAAGUCGCUCGCAAGUUUACGAAUAUCAAUUACUUUUCAGAGAGCAAUCGUUCUUGAGAUUUGUGGAUCUGUCUUUGUUGGAAUCGUGGAAGGAGAUAUGCCAUGGAGGAGUUUGGAGGUGGAAAUUUGCAGAUCCUAUGUUGAAGAGGUGGAUUUUUCGGUGCCGAUUGCUACAUAGGAAGAUGUCGGAUUUUAUCAGAAUGCUAUAUCGUUACUUGACUUUUAACGUGGUAGCAGUCAAUUGGCAUACAGUGGAAGAAAUAUUCUCACACAUGGGAAAGGAUGAUAAUAUCAACUUGGAAACGGUUUACACUACUAUCAAAUCCUUUCUCAGUACUGUACUUGAUGAUUCAAUGCUUACCAAGGUGAAAUUGACUGAGGUGAUAACAGAACUCUUCAGUCUGAUUUUGUUGUUCCAUAACUUAAUCAUGUCCUUCAAGAAAACGCUAGUACUCAUGGAUAGGAGUCUAUUCGAUGAGAAGUAUGACUUGCUCGCUGCUCCGGUACCUGAAUUUGAUGAGGUGAAAAACGGAGAGCGGUUUGAUAAGAUGUCUUCGACACUAGACAGUUACUCAAAUGCAUUUAAGGUGAAGUUAAAGGAGUUCACAGUCUUGUUGAAGUAUUACGGCGAAUUGGAUUCUACUUCAUUAUUAGUAUUGUAUCGUGAAUUAGUGCGUACAUAUAAAGAUUAG